GGUUAUAAAACCCAACAAGCCGGCCAGCGCGAGACAAAUUUUUUUUAGCUUGCUCGAGCUUCUGAGUGUAACAUGGCCGGAGUAGCACGGGGCAGUUUAACGGGCAAAGUCGCUUUGAUUACGGGAGCAAGUUCAGGAAUAGGAGCUGCCACAGCUGUUCUGUUUGCAAAACUUGGUGCCAGAUUGGCUCUGACUGGCCGAAAUGAGAACAACCUGAAAAUUGUGGGAAAGAAUUGUGAAAAAGAGAGCGGACACAAACCUGUCUUGUUGGUGGGAGACCUGACUAUAGAAGAUGACACCAGAAGAGUAUUACAAGGUGCAGUGGAUAGCCAUAAUGGUCAAUUGGAUAUCUUGAUAAAUAAUGCAGGUAUUAUAGCCUUAGGAGGAAUCCAAAAGGCAACACUACAGCAAUAUGAUAAAUUAAUGAACACAAAUGUCAGGUCUAUGUUUCACAUGACUCAACUAGCCGUCCCUUAUUUGAUCAAAACCAAAGGGAAUAUUGUUAAUGUUUCAAGUAUCAAUGGACUUCGUGCCUUUGCUGGUGUUCUUACAUACAGUAUGUCUAAACAUGCAAUUGAUGCUUUCACAAAAUGUGUUGCUUUAGAUUUAGCUGAUAAACAAGUCAGGGUCAACUGUGUCAAUCCUGGAGUAACUCACACAGAACUUCACAAGCGUGCUGGUCUUAGUGAAGCUGAGUAUGAAGCUUAUCUUAAGAGAGCGAGAUUCACCCAUGCCUUAGGAAGAUAUGGUGAACCAGAGGAGGUUGCAGACUGCAUAGCUUUUUUGGUUUCAGAACAGGCCAAAUUCAUUACUGGUGCCAGUAUUCCUGUAGAUGGUGGUAGACAUGCCUUGUGUCCAAGUAGUUUGUCAAGAGAAGAAGGGGGCGUUUCAGCAAUGGCUCAAAGUGUAGAUAAAAAUGGUUCUAACAGCAAGGUAAAUAUGGUUUAAAUUAUGAAAUGUCUGGUUUGAAAUUUCUUUGCAUCUGAGGUUAUAUUUUUGAUUCCAUUCUGAUUUCUCCCUAGUUAUAGUUUUGUAAUUAGCUUGGGAUUAAAAGUAUAAAUAUAGAUAACAUCAUCUGAACCCUGAAAUUCAUGUAAAGUAAAACUUAAGGUAAAAACUAUUUGACAUUCAUUAUUCCCUUAUUUAUGUUUAUUUUUUCAAAAAUCUUAUAAUUUCUGUUACAGUUUUGUUUUUGGGAUUCAUUUUUGUUUCAUAAUUUGGUAAAUGCAUACUUAUUAUAUUUUAUAGGUUUAUUUAGGCUUUCCAGAUUUUGAACAUUAAAAAAAAUGAUUGUCACUAAUAGUUAAGAAUGAAAUUUUAAAUUAUUUUUCUUUGUUUAGUUUAAUAUAACUAUGGGUGUAAAACACAAAUUCAAUAAAAUUAAUUAUUAAUAGAGUGUAAACUGAAAUUUAAUUGCUAUAACAUUUUAUAAAAUUAUUUGAAUUUCUAAAUUGAUUUCUGUCCAUAAAGAUGCUAAAAGUAUUAAAAUACAACUUACGCACAAAGUAUUGUUGAAAUAUAAAAUCUAAUAACAGUUUCAGUAUGAGUUUUGUUAUGUUAUUAAAGACAAAGCAUAAUAUCAUAGUAUUUUAAACUGUAUAACACCAACACUAUUUAAUUUUGGAUGACAGGAACUUUCAUUGUGUAAUAGAAAAAAAAACUACUUUGAUUUGAAUACCUAAUUUGUUUCCUACUGCAUUUAGCACAUCAAAACAAAUUGCUAUUGAAUGAAAUAUGGCAUAGUUUUGUAGUUUAGGAGAUGGAUGCAAUAUUCUAGUUAGGAUUCUAUUUUUGUCCCCAUUAUAAUGGGAAUAAGAGCCUAUUCAGUGAACUGUUCAAUGUUUUAGAUGUAAGCAUUCCCUGCAUGAGCAUACCUGAAUGUAACAUUCCUCAUCUGACAUCAAAUGUUACACAAUGGUGCUAUCGAUUGUCAUUACAUAAUUUUUACCAAAACUUAAUUUACUUAAACAGAUGAUCUUUACUUCAUUGUUUAAUUAUAUAAUAUCUUCAGUAACCAAUGAAAUGCCAGGGAACAAAAAGUAAACUCUAGGCCACUGAUCUCUGUGUAUAUGGAGUUACCAGGUGGGAAGCUUAACAUAUGUAUAGAAGUAUGGCUUACGUGAUUUAUGAAAGUGUUUUUACAACAAGUUUUAAGAUCUUUCAUUACUAUAUUUCAUCAAUUUAUUAUCAUAGCUGUUAAAGUAUGUGAUUUAUUUAAAAAAAGAAAGACAUGAAUAAAGCAUUUAUUUAAUUAGCUGUUUAAAUUGGAAGCUCAACUUAUGUGAAACAUUAUUUUAAAUAGUUUUGUAGUUCAGCCAAAUUUUUAUUUGCAGAUAUUAGAAAGCAUGUUUUAUUUUAUUAAAUAUCAUUCCAAAAUAUUUAAACUAAGUUUGUAACUAAUUUGUGUACAUAUAGUACUUGUAAUAUAACUGUAACAUAUGUUUUGAUUACACUAUGUGUAAAUGUGCUAGCUGCAUGAAACAGUAUUGUUAAAGAUUGGGGUUUUGUUUGCUGUUUUACAUUUUCCUUUUGAAUGAUGUUUCUAUGAAACAUCAUUAUAAAUUAUUUUUUUAACAUAAUUUCCUAAACAUCUAUCAUUGGGUUGCCUAAUAAAUUUUAUUUUCAUAUUUCAAUUUCUGGUUUAAAAGCUGUACUGAUUUUUAAUGUUAAAUAAGUAAAUCAUCAGGCUUACAACAUUCUUUUAGCAAGUGUUCUCUGAAAAUCUCUUAUGGGUUUAAUUUUUUAUUUAUAAAAAUGAUAUAAAAAAAUUCUAUUCUUUAAAUACCAUUUAUUUCUUAUACUGAGACAGUUUUAUAUUGCCAUUUACAAAAUAGUUUUUUGUUUCAAAAGUUUUUAUUUUUAGUAGAUAUAGUUUCUAAAGUUUCUUAAUGUUUGACAAUGAAAUUUUUUUUUAGUUAAAUUGAGUAUAAAUAGUAAUUUUAUAUUUGUCUAAAAAGUAUGUUAUAGGAAUAAAUAUUUGUUCAAAUGUUAAAACGUGUUAAAUAUAAAUUGAAUAUUGAAUAAAAUGUUAGAUAUUUAAUAAUACUUUAAAAAACUGAAUGAAAGUUAAACAAUUUAACCUUAAGUAAUUGUAAUUGUUGACCUUGAAAUGUGAGAAAUAGUCACAAGAGGUUGCUUUUAUUUAUUGUCUUGUUGCUCAGUUUAAAACAAUAAAGUCACAUUGUCAAUCGUCUCAUUUAAGCUCUUGUCUUUGUACUUAAAGAUACAAUGGAAAAAUGUUCAAGCAAUAUCUUUUUUAUGCGUGGGUAUAAUUUUUUUUUUAAAAUAAAGGUUACGUGGCAUAAUAAUUUAACUAAUAUGCACAUCAAUAAAUGCUUUAAAUUUUAUAAGUUUGAUAAAAACAAUAGUUGAAUUUAGACAAUGUAUCUUUGACAACUACUGUUGAAUUUCAUUUUAUGCAAUUGAAUGCAUCAUUCUCAAUAAUUCAUAAGGACAAUAAAUCGGUUGUGCCUAUACAUUUGAACUCAGUGGGGAAAAUAAAAAAUUGUUUGCAAGAUUUCAAAUAAAAAUCAUAUUCCAA